CUCUUCCGUUUUACUCUGUGUUGUUAGCUCAUCGAUGACGGUCGUGUUCGAUGAAGACAAAAUUGAAUUUUCGUUUCUAAGUACCGUCGUCAAUAACUCUGUUCGCUUGAAGGAAUUGUGAUACUAAGCGAGCAAUUUUCAACUCUAUUCCAGUGAUUUCCGAUCCACACCUCUAGAAGCAUCGUCCUGAAAGAAGGGGUACAUAUAGGCAGGCAGUUGUCAAUAUAGCUAAUCAUAUUUUAGUGACAGACUGAUCAGUGCAAAUAAAGAGUGUAUUGUGCAUGUGAGUUUAGUCGCACAGCAAGCUGUGAAUGGAAUACGAAAAUAGGAGGAGCUACUUGUAGCACUAGAGUUCAAGGUUUAUCGAGCUAAUUCGAUGGAGAUGUCAUUGCAUCGCGAGGUAGCUGUAUUGUGUCUGCUGAUGGAUGAAUGUUUACUAUGUUAGUAAAAGUAGUGCAAAGUCAGUCUUCACAAAAAGUUAAAUCAUAUUGAUUAAAAUUGGAGAAACCUGUACUUUAUAUUAUAAGAUCUAGUCCGGAAUACGAGAAGCCAUGGGCAAUAUAUCGUCAUCUAGUUCAAAGUUGGCAGAAAAAUGUCCAAUGCUAGAGAAAAGUGAACUGCCACUGAUAGCCAGUUCAUUUAGAAUAGCCAGCAAAAAUUCCGACAAAUGCAAGGAAGAAGAACUCAUGAAAUUCUGGGGAUCACAAAUGGAUCCACGGUUGGCACAGUAUAUUACCAAUUUUCUCUUUGGUCCGCUCGGUCAACGAGCAGCAUUUGUUGAUCUUCCUCGUUUUGCUGAAUUGUAUGUCUACACUGUCCGCGGUACGCUGGAAGAACGAAUCAAUGUAUUGCUGUGCAGUUUGGGCCAAUCGCCAGAUUCGGAAUCCACCGAAAUAGCGUAUCCAUUGAUCAAAGAGUACGUUGAGGCCGUGGUGAGCAGUUACAUGCGAGCGAUAAGGCUUGAAGGUGGGCCGGAAUUUAAAUCGUGGGAGUCACGUGGAUUUCGAAUCGUGAAGGAGUGCAUACAGAAGCUAGCCGAGAGCUUAGUGUACGACGUGGUACAACAAGGUACACAGAAGGUUACUCGAGCAGAUGCUGAACGCUGGCUCAACAAAAAUCCCAUUUUCCUCAAAAUGCUGGAGCAUGUGUUUUCCCAUUUGUACAACUAUCGCAGCGUGAAAAACAGCUCCGAGGAGAGAAAAAAGGACGACACCGAUGACGGCAGAGCCAAGCGAAAAGAGAACCUUCCUCAGCAAGAGGUCGUCCUGCACGCGAUGCUCCCACUAUGCGAGGGUUUGCAGUACAUGCCCGACUACCCGGCGUUCACCGAUCUCUCGCAGAUGUUGUUUAUCAACGCGAAUCUCCCAAAUGCACAGCAGCACAAGUGGCGCUUUUUGUUCUCCUCGCAGAUUCAUGGAGAAAGUUUUUCUACUUUGUUAGGUCGCAUCAUAGAUCAAGGUUCUACAGUAGUUAUAGUAGAGGACUCAAACGGGUACAUUUUUGGAGGCUAUGCAACAGAAUCCUGGGCACUGGGACCUAACUAUUUGGGCAACGAAAAUUCCUUCCUUUUCACGUUGCGGCCGAAAAUGCGUUGUUUUCCAUCGACUGGAUAUAACCCUCAUUAUCAGUAUUUGAAUCUACACCAACAAACAAUGCCCAACGGAAUGGGCAUGGGCGGUCAACACAAUUACUGGGGAUUAUGGUUGGACAGCGAGUACGGGAUUGGCGAAUGUUCGGAGUCAUGCACCACCUACAAGGGAUACUUCCAAAUGAGUGCCACCAAAAAGUUCACGGUUCGGAACGUUGAGGUGUGGGGCGUCGGCGAUAAGCCAGUCAAGGAAGACGAACCGGAAGAUAAUACCGGUCGAUCGAUUCUGGAUGGUAAUGCCGACAGCAAAGCGAUGCUCAAGUUGAGUGGCCGGGAGCAGUACUCCGACGGGUAUCGGGAGGAGCCUAGAGAUUAAAAAAGGAAAUCAAACGCCAGAAAAAAGUUUGGGAGAAAUUUGUGUUCACCGGAAAUAAAUCUGGUAGAUGUGUUGGAUACGUUUAAUUUUAAUUUCCUUUGAAAAUGAACAUACAAGAGUGUUAUUGAUUGUGUAGUUUUAGAACAUUACCGAGGAACGAUUGAGAGAUAAUAAUGGAAGUCUGCUGUUUUUUUUUUGUUAAAAUGUGUUUUUUAUGUUAUCUGGCGUUUGCAAUAUGCACAAGAUCAAUUGCUUAAUACGAGGCUUGAAUAUUUGGAAAAUUGUGCUUUGGGGUAUCUGCAUUUUGUAAUGACACGAUGAGGAUGGAUAUGUUUUACAACCUCGUGUAGUUUAGCAUAGAUUUAUCCAACAAUGCUUAUUUUACGCUCUUGCGUUUCUUUACAAAGGCAGCUACUCCCAAAUUGUUAUUAGCUUCAGAAAUAUAUCUUAUAGCCUGCAAGCACGCUUGGGAUCGUUGAUACUGAAAUUAAAACAAGAAGCUAGGCAUUCUUUUUGGGCAAGCCAGUCUACAUAGAGAAAAAUCAAUCCCAAAGAUUGAACAAGUUUAUAACUUUCUUGAUUCAAGGACCUACAGACCAUCGAUGAGUCAUUUGAAAGAUUUUUUUUCAUGAAGUUGAUUGAUUACACUAGUUUACAGCAUUUUUGAACUCGGUAAGCUGAUGAUCAUUUUUGGCGUAGAAUCAUGCCCUGAGUUCGAAAACGCGAAGGAAAAAAAAAUACAGUAGAGCGGAAAAUUUUUCGAUUUUCCAUACAAGGUUGACGAUUUGAAAUUGAUUUUUGUUCUAUUUUUAAGCAAAUUCGCUCAUUCUCCGCAAUAAGUGUUCCGAUUGAGCUGAUUUUUUAACUGUAACUCGGCUAUAUGUGAUAUAUCAAAUGGUCGUUGAGAAAGAAUUUUUAAAUUAUUUUAUUCUUAUUGAAAAAAUACGUUUCUUCAUAUAUUUUUGAAAAUUUUGCUAAAAUUUAAGGUGAUCGUCCCAUAAAAUGGCCAAUAUCUUGAAUUUCAUCAAUAUGACGCAAAACCUGGCUUCAGAACAUCGGAAGGUAUUAUAUUCAGCUUUUAAUUUAUGAAAAAAAAAAUUAAAAUUAGUUGAAAAAAAACGCAAGAUAUUAGAAUUUUAGUAAAUUUCAUAUUAAAAAAAUGUUAAACUCGAUAUUGAACUAAAACUUAAAAACUGUUCUAGUUAAAGUACGGUUUCGAAAUCAGCACUAAAUUGUGGGAUACACGUAAUGCCUGAACCUCAAGUUUACAGGCACAAUAUGUGUUGAAAAAUGGACAAAUUGAGUGGAAAAAUUGUGAAAAAAUCCACGUAGUUCUGGUGGGAUUUGAACCCACGUCUCCCCAAGUUCCGUGUUGUGGAUAGGCAAAAGUCUCGACACUAAAAAUAACAUACUCUCACUGUUGUUCGUAGGCACGCUCAGAGAGUGUUGGAAGUGGACAUCUAAGGACCGAAGGAGAUGGUGAAUUGCGAGGAAAGAACGUGGGGUGAGGUGGGCGUUGGAUUCAGGUUGGCUUUCUACUUCACAGAAUUGUUACUUGUUCUGUGGCGGAGUUGGUUAACGCGCCCUGUCUAGCGAACUUGGGGAGAUGUGGGUUCAAAUCCCACCAGAACAACGUGGAUUUUUUCGCAAGUUUUCCACUCAAUUUGUCCAUUUUUCAACACAUAUUGUGCCUAUGAACAUCAGGCAUUACGUAUGUCUAACAUACCAUUUCGGUUGGUCAUUCUCAGUGAUUUUUUUGGCAUUGCAAAAAAUGUUGUAUGCAACUCGUUGCAAAACUGGAUUUUUACAGCACUCGUCAUAAUUAUCCAACUGGGCAAGCCUCGUAUGACUCGUGCUGUGAAAAUCUUCAUUUUACAACUUGUUUCACAAAUAACUAAAUUCUUCAUUAAAAAAACAUAAAUUUUAGAGGAAACUGGCUGUAUAAUUCGUAUCACAGCUGUUCUCCGUAUAUGAAUCGCUUAACAAUCAAUUCUUUAGUAAAUUACCAAUGAUCGCGUAGUUUCUUGGAUAAAGAAAGUUAUCAUUUUUCCCACUUUUGGGAUUUGUUUUCCUCCAAUGUGCAAUCUUUGGUUUCAGCGAGAGCAACCCAUCGGUAGUUUUUGAUGAACUUAACAUUUUUUGCCACUUUUGCAAAAAUGGUUUUUUUUUUAUUAGCAACUUUAUUGUGUAUUAAGUAGACGGCUUAUAAACAAUUUUACUCCUCAUGUGACACAAACGUAUUGGCUCCUCGAGUAUCAACAACACGCGCAUAGUAAGUUUUAGUAAAUUUGGUAUAUCCAAAGUAGCCAAAUCGAGAAUAGAAAUAUUAUAAAAAGUGCAACAAUACAGUAACAAGUACAAAACGAGAAAGAAAAGUGGCUUGCCCAAGAGAAUGUGUGAAACAACUCUAUCACAGACAAACAAAUUGUAAAGAAAAUAUUCAUUUUAUGGAUAAUGUUUGGACGAGUUUGGCAUUAGGCAUCAUUAGUUUACAAACAUCAAUAAUAAUAAUAAUAAUAAUAAAGAAUAGGAGCAUUACUGAAUCUAUUUGUAACAAUUGUCACUUAAGUGCAGUUGCGGUAUUAAACGCACGAGUUUUUAGCAAAACAACCCAACAAAGAAUUUCGUUGUACAAGAGUUGAACCAACAACUCUUAAGCAAACUUAAGCUUAAGAAACUGGAUUCAGCUACUUUUGUUUCUUGGGGAUGUUGGGAGCGGCUGGUCUAGAUUCUGUAUAUGACCCCCGAUAUUUUAAUAAUGAUUAUUUUCUUGACUUCUCCUUAAUAUCCUUAUGAAUGAGAAGCAGGCUCUAUCCUAGUUAGUUGAGACGUCACAUCAAUAAGGAAAAAAUAAAAAAAAAUAAUUAGAAAUGGCUCAUGCAUAGAUUGUACAUCUGUUUGUCUGUGAUCGUAGCUGAAUGAUAGUCUCAAAGAUUUUAAGCGUGCACGCGCCGUAAAGCCGGCCGAGCAAUGAACGGGAGAAAACCGUUUUAUGGGAACUUAUCGUAGAUGUUCGUUAAUGUGAUUAUAAUUGUGCCGCGCGCGCGAUGAUGGUAGAAAGAAUCAACAAGUAGCUUGAGCAAUGAAACUAUUAAAAAGUAAUAAUUUAUUCCAAAACUGCUGUGCCCCCAGCCGCAUGGGAAGUGUAAAUAUAGAGAUUUCCGUUCAGUGCAAAGUUAUCUAUGAGUUUAAUUAAUUUAUUGCGUGUAUAGUCAUUUACUGUUCCUUUUGAACUUAUGAACGCACAGGUUUGAUAGCAGGUGCCAUAUAAGCAGAUCGUUUGUGUUUUAGAAGCAAUGCGUACAAUGAAUGAUAAUGUAAAUUAGAGAGUAAAGCAUUGAUUAGUAUUAUUUUCUGUUAUUGCCUAUUACGUUAAAUGUCGUUAUGAAAAAUGUAUGCAGUCCAAAUCCACGAUCUAUGUCAAUCAAUAUAAAUGUGCUACGAAACGUUGCCCAGGAUCCGAAAUGAAGACAAAUAUACAGUGAUAAUUAAA